GAUGUACUAUGUUGGCACCAUCAGCAUUGGGACGCCCCCUCAGAAGUUCAAGGUCGUCUUUGACACGGGCUCGGCGGACUUGUGGGUGCCCUCCAUCUACUGCUCCAGUCCCGCCUGUGUGACACACAAAACCUUCAACCCUCUGCGGUCGUCCACCUUCCAGAGCACGGACCGGCCCAUCCAGCUGCUGUACGGGUCCGCCAGCAUGACCGGGCUGCUGGGCUACGAUGACGUGCGGGUGAGUGGGGGCGGGGCCUGGCGACCUCUGCCCACUGCUUACGGGGCCAGAUGCAGGGUCAGCUGGACGCACCCAUCACCCCAAGUCCCCCAGUGGCUGGCCGUCUGCCUCGGGGAGACAGUGCCCGGCUCCCUGAGCAGCAACCAGGAGAAGGGCAGCGUGGUGAUGUUCGGCGGCGUGGAUCACUCCUACUACCGGGGCGAGCUCCAGUGGGUGCCGGUGAGCAGGCAGGGCUUCUGGCAGGUCACUGUGGACAGCAUCUCCAUGAACGGGACGGUCGUGGCCUGUCCCGGCGACUGCCAGGCCAUCAUGGAUACCGGGGCCUCGCUGGUGAUUGGCCCACUCGACCCCGUCCUCAACAUUCUGAAGAGCAUCAACGCCCAUAACACCAGCACCGGCGAGUACAUCGUCAGCUGCGAGGCCGUCCAGAGCCUGCCUGACAUCGUCUUCACCAUCAACGGCAUCGCGUACCCAGUGCCAGCCAGCGCCUACAUCCAGAGGGAGCAGACCGACAUCUGCUUCUGCAACAUGGACAUCGACACCUCAGGCAGCUCCAGCCUCUGGGUCCUGGGGGAUGUGUUCCUGCGACUCUAUUUCACCGUCUUCGAUCGCGCCAACAACAGGAUCGGCUUGGCCCCUGCGGUGGUGUAGACGUGGGCGCUGCUCCAGGAGGCCACCGGGGCCGCCCCAGGACUCGCACACACUCCCUGCGUCCCUGCCCAGGGGACCGGCUACAGCUGUGUCUGGGGCUUUGCCGAGCCCUAUUCUCAAUGGAUUGAGCCUCGUCCCGCGCACUCAGAGGUCACUGGUUUGAUUCCUGGUCAGGGCACAUG